GAAGAAGGACACGUUGAGACUGGGGAAAAUGGUGAUUCGGUAGACGAUGAUAACCAUGAGAUGACAGAGACGAAACAAGGCGAACCUUCUGAUGCUCAACAUAAAGCUGCUGGACGCUAUAUCCUGCCGGGAUUGAGGAAACAAGCCAAUGGCGAUACAAAUGAAACGGAGGAACAACUCAAACUCACUCGCCAGCUGAAAGGCCUGAUAAACAGAAUGUCUGAACAAAGCAUUGCAACCGCCCAAGACCUCAACCCUCACGAACCUCAUCAUUGAUGGCAUAUCAUCUCACUCAACCCUUCUGGACUCAUGCGUGGUCCUGCACGCGCGUUUAUAUCUAGCCUACAUAAAUUGACCUGCACUGCAUUUGGUACCUG